GGAAGGUGUUUGUUGAUUGCCUAAUCCUGCAAAUUCUGGACGUUCGGGGAGUCCCCCAUUUGCUGGAUUCUCAGUGUGUGGCCUCAAAGGCAUCGGCUAAGGUGGUGAAUGGUCAAAAUGCUGAUAUAUUGUUCAAUCCCUGGAUGGCAAUGAUUAUUGAACGCGGUCAGAUGAUAUGCGGAGGCUCUCUGAUUCAUUCUCGUUUUGUGUUGACUGCCGCCCAUUGCUCUAGAAAUUAUACGUUAUCAGUUCGUCUGGGAGAUUAUGAUAUAAGCCAUAGGAAUUCGGAUUGCACUAGAGAUGGCUGUAUUCCAGGACCCAAGGACUUUAUUGUGACACACACCUAUACCUAUGUGCCAUAUAAAGACUUCCACGACCAUGACCUGGCUCUACUCAAGCUCAAUAAAACUGUGCAGUACAGCGCUUACAUCAAACCCAUAUGCCUGCUUGUGGGUGUGGAAGCACGUUUCUUGAAUAGAAUUUCGCGUUUCAAUAUCACUGGUUGGGGUCGCACCAAGUCCAGUGUAGUCAGUGUCGUCCUCCAGCAGACCACCUUGCAAAACUAUCCAGUUGGCCAUUGUGCCAGAUUAUUUGGCCGAAAUAUGAGCACAUCCCACAUCUGUGCUGGUAGUGCAUCCAGCUCCACUUGCUCUGGGGAUUCUGGAAGUCCUUUAACCGCCAGAAUUGUUUGGGAUAUGAAACGCGUUGUCCAGUUUGGAUUGGUGAGUUAUGGCAGGAUGAAUUGCCAAGGACCUACCGUCUUUCCAAAUCUUUUAAAAUACGGCAAUUGGAUAGAGAACACAAUUAACCAAGUUUUAGCAAAAGCCUCUACAAAACAAAAAAAUAAAUAAAUAAAUACAUAAUAUAUGUGGUCAAGUUGUU